UGAACCAGGCGCAGCACCAGUCGCAGCAGCUGAACCAGGCGCAGCACCAGUCGCAUCAGUCGCUGCAUCAGCAACUGCUGCAGCAGCGACUGCUGCAGCAGCAACUGCAGCAGCAGCGACAACUGCAGCAGCGGUUGUCGCAGCAGUCGCAGGAGAAGAAGCAGCAGGUGCAACAGAAGCAGCAGCAGCCGGAACCGAAGCAGCAGCCCUCGAAGCCGAAAGGUCUUCCUGCUCGACAUCCGGCACCUCCCCGUCCGAGCGUCCCGGUCCACCUCGCCGCACCUCAGCCGGUCCCGAGCCUCAUGGACACCACUCCACGUACGCUGGCGCAGCCUGUCAAGAAGCCGCUUCCAAAGGCAGGGAGAACCCAGGGCACGCCAACACCAGCGAUGAUGCAAGACUACGCUGCGGCGACGCCACGAGUAUUUCCUCAUACCUGUUCUCUUUGUAACAAAGCGUGUACCACAACGAAGGAUUGGCUCGCCCACCAAAAUACUGCCUUACAUCUCCAGAGCUGCAAGCAGCUGAGGACGGAAUUCCCUAACUGGGAUGGUGAGACACUAGUGUUGCUCAGUGCUACAAGUAAAGAUGCCAAAUCCUCGUCUUCGUCGUCGUCUCAGACUCGUCACCAGAAAUCCAGACAUGACAGCCCUCGCAGCUCCCACAGUCCUCGCCGCCAGCGUGGAACCGAGGAUCGGAGGGAAAGGUGGCUUAGCCGUUCUCGCUCACGCAGUCCCCGCUACGACCGUGACUCGAAUGACAGAAGACAGAGACGCAGUAGCCGUUCUCGCAGUCCCUAUCGCCCCUACAGCUCUGAAAGAAGAGACAGAUCAUGGUCGCCUCUCGGAACUUGGCAGUCUCGCAGGUCUCGGUCCCACUCCCCACCGUAUGAUCGACCUACCCACUCCCGUCACCGUUCACGUUCAAGGAGUUACGAGAGACGAUCCUCGCCCAGGAGGAGCCACGAGCACAGAUCGUCUCCGUGGAGAAGCGGCGACAAACGCUCGUCGCCCAGGAGAAGUCACGAGAGGCGAUCUGCUGAUAGGCCCCAACGAAGGAGGUCGAGUAGCUCAGAGAGACUGGCCAAGAAACUUCUGGAAACACCAGCUGUCCAGUCUUUGUCAAAAACGUCAGACCUGGCGACUAUGGUUAAGACUCUCGCUCCCGCUUUACUGGCUGAGCUGAACAAGUUGAAAUCCUCUUCCUCCUCCAAGUCCUCAUCGUCCUCUAAUGUGGCCAGGAAGCCGUCGUCGAAGUCCAGCCUUCAUCGGAACGAGAGAAGUUCUUCUGCAAAAGAGAUGGUUUCUGAUACCUUGUCUCCGAAUAGUGUGAGGCUCUUUGAUGUUUAUAGUAAGAUUUCUCACAGUGACCUCAAUGUGGCUGUGGAACAAUUUGGAAAAACCAAAUCAGUGGUUUUGUACAGGAUGACUAAACAGGCUGUCGUGACUUUUCACACAAAGGAAGACGCUGACAAACUGAAGAAUGCAAAGACCUUCAAAGUGAAUGGAUUCCACGUCUCUGUUUUCGAUGAAUCGGCUCCAACGGGGAAUAAACAGAAGACCGCUUCACAACAAAAAUCUGCAAAGUCUGACUCCACAUCCACUGCAAAAGUUAAAGCACCUGCAACAUCAUCUGGAGCUAAAAGUACCUCAACGGGCAAAGUUGUUGCCAAAGCAAAAGUUUUGGUUUCCAAAGCAAAAGGUGUCUCCAACAAGCAGGUGGCUAAAACUGUAAAAACGGGCACUGUGACAGUAAAAAAAGCAACCGAGUCAGUCACAGUGUCCAAAGAUACGCAAAAGGAACCUGAUGCUGAUGCUGCUAAUCCAAGAGCAGUGCCCACAAACUCUGAAAGUGAAACUAAUGAAUCUGAAGUGGCUCCUAACGAUACAGCCAAAACUGAAAAUCCAGCGAACACGGCUGUCGCUCAGUCGGCCGAAGAGGAUAAAAUUGUGAAAGAGGAAAAGGACUUGGCUUCCACUGAAGAAAAAUCAUUAAAACCUGAGGAGGUGGUUGGACUAGAAGCUGUGAAAGAAGAAGUAUUUGGUGCAGAAGGCCAAAAUGUGCCAUCCACAUCUGUAACUACAGAAAGUCAGCUUGAUGCUGCUGAAGAUGAGGGAUCUGCUCUGGAGCCCAAAGACUCCACCAAUGUUGAGACAGAAGGAGAAGCAACCUCUGGACAACCAGACAAAUCGGUUGGAGAUCUUGAGCCAGUUUCCGAUGGUGAAUUUGAACAAAUGGAGGUUGAGCCAGAAGCGACGGAGCCCAUGGAAGUUGAGAGUUCUGCAGAAUCCAAGGAACAAAAGCUGACCGAUAUAAAAUCUGAACCAACUGAUGGUCAUCCAGAAGCCAGUGCAGUUAAGACGUCUCCACUCAAACUUUCUGAUUCACCUCAAACACCACAAACCACCUUUAAAACCAAUGAAACCUCUGUGAAAGCCUCAUCGCCAGAGCAGGCAAGUCCUGAGGCAGAUUCAGAGCCCCCAGCAGGUGACCUGAAGACCAAGACUGAAACUUUGGAAAAUAAACAAGAAACUGCAAAGCAGAUAGAGAAGAAGCAAGAAGAUCCAGCGAUUGAAAUAAAACUUGAGCAGGAACCAGAACCUGUCGGCGACAUUUCAGCUCCAUCGCCUGAAGCAUCCGUAGCUGCUGAAACAAAUCCUAAAGAUGAAGCAGCAACCAGUCAGGAGACCGCCACAGUCACGUUGGACACCGCUCAUGUUCCCACCCAAACAGAAAACAGUUGCAUUCAGAUGGAACCGGUCAAGUCAUCAUCACCACCGCCUCCUGAUGUUUUGGAUGAAGGACCGUCUGCUCAGCAAGACAGAACCUCUUCAGUACCAACAACCUCAGCUGGAUCUGCCUUUUCUGAUUCUGCGAAAGCUGAAUCUGACACUGACAUGAAGGAGAUCGAAAAGCUUGAAACCGAGGUUGUUGAGAAUAUGACCGUUCCUCCUACAGGAAGUGAAAACGCAAAGGAAGAGGCACCACCAUCUUCUGUUACGACUGCUGAUACAGAAUCUGUUCCCGCUGCGUCCACGGCCACCAUUUCAGUCACAGAGCUGGUCAAGUUUGAGGAAAAAGCUUCAAUGAUUCCUCCCAUGACCGAAGACGUCUUCAACGCAAUCACGUCUGCGUUUCACAAGCACAAACUCAGUAAAGAAAGCGAGACAAAAAGCAAAGACAAGGAGAGUGCUGACAUAAGCACAACCCCUGCAGGUGUACAGGAGGAGAGCAUGCGACAGGCACAGGAUGAUGUUAAAGAAGAGAAAUUUUCUUCAGAUCUUUUUGAUGACUCAGAGAUUAACUUUGAGGAUUUUGUGACUGUUGACGAAAUUAGUGAAGACGUGGGCGUCCAAUCUUUGGCCGAUGGCUCUUCUUUAUCUGAACAAGCCUCUAAAGCAAACUCAAAGUCACCUGAUGACAAAAAUAAGACCUCUGUUAGAUCCUCAUCCAGGUCUACAAAAAGCAGCUCGUCUGCUAGUUCUACUAGGUCAUCUGAGCUCUCCAAAACUAAACCCAUAGAAUCUGUUAAAACUCCUAGUUCCUCUGGUCAUAAAACUCAACCAAGCAAGACAAAGUCUCCUGCCCGAGGAUCACAGUCUUCAUCCACAGGUCGAAGUACCCGUUCAUCAUCAGCAGCAACUCGACUGUCCCAUGAAAAGCAGGAUAAACCCACAGAGAGGGCAGUGAAAAAAUCUGUCCACAAGAUGUCAGCAGAGAGCAAUGCUGCAAAAACUGUUGAGUCAGAGUUAAAAAUAGAAGCAACAGAGAUGGAUGCUGCUGCACGAGGACAGAGGUUAGAGCCACCCACCCAAACUCAGAGUCCAGAGUCUGAUUUUACGGAUGAAAUGGUCAAAGACGUGAAGAAAAGCAAAGAAAAGGAAAACAAUGGCAAAAACCCAGAGGAAGGAGGAGAUUGUGUUGAGAAUGAAAGGAUCCUUGAUUCACUCGAUGAGAAAACUGAUGAACAGACAAACUUGGAAGAAAAUAAGAACAGCUGCAACAAAACCAAGACAUCUGUACCUGAGAAAGACGUUCCUGCUGAUGAUGAAAUCUGUCCAGAGGACUGCAGUGAAAUGGAGAUGGAUGCAUCUAUCAAAGAGCCAACUGAUGAUACAGAUGAAGCAUUGACGCAGGUCACAAAUACAGCUGAUAAAAAUCAAAUGUUGGCUCAAACCUCAAGCAGCAUGGAAGAUGGAGCUAAAGGAAAACAUAAAGAUGGCUGCCAAAAGUCUAAUGAUGACCAGCCCCUUGAAAACAACAUGGACGAAUCUUCAAAAGAUUUGACCACACAAGAAGUCUUAAAGACAUUGAAUUCAGCUGAUGAUCAGACCAUAACCAAAGGUGAACGCCAGGAGCUAGAAACUUCCAGUGACCAGCUGUUUAAAGCAGACAUUGGAUCCACAGAAGAGGAAGAAUACCAUAUAAUAGAUUCUGUGGAGGAUCAGCCAACACCAACAGAACCAGAAACUGACAACAAGCAACAAACAAGGAAAGGCACAACAACUUUAACAGAAGAUAGACCAACAAGGAGUACUCGCUCAACGGGCAGAUCAUCUAAAAUUGAAGACGAAGGAAAAUCAUCAAAGAAACAGGACAAAACUGUUAAAAAAUAUGUGACCCGAACAAGAGACAGCAGGACUAUUAAAGACAAAACCAUUGAUCAAGGUACAGAGGACAUGGACUUUGAGGUAGUGGACUCUAUUGAAGAUGAAUCAGUUCAAGAAGCUUCAACUUCAGGAAGUUCUCAUAGAAAACAGACUGGUGAUGAGAAGAAUUUGGAAGUUCUUGGACAAUCUGACAAGGAAGAGGAAGCUAUGUACAAAAUCUUAGACUCAGUGGACGAUGAGACUGCCAAUGACAAACCGUCUACGAGAUCCACCAGAGGAAGAAGUAGAAGAGCAGAUGAGAAAGUUGCUGAAAUUGACUCCAAAAAAGACAAGUCUCGCACAAGAAGAAGGCAUACGCCAGUCAGAGAAACCCCUGAAAACGUUGGUGUUCCACUAAAGGAAACCACACCAACAAAGAAAAAGGAUGUCGUCGUAAAAGACACAAGCGAAGAGGAGACAACUUAUGAAAUUUUAGACGCUGUAGAGGAAGAUGUUGAUAAGCCAAUGCCACAAAAAUCGAGGAGAGGGAGACCAAAGAAAAGAACAAGUACAAAAGAAACGGAAGCUUUAAAAAAGGUUCAUGCGACCAGUAAAGUAGCUGAAGAAGAGGCAACAUACCAGAUUCUUGACUCUUUAGAGGAUGAUCAAUGUACCACUGACCAGACUGAGAACACAGGAAAAUCAACAAUUUCUGGUGAAAAGACAACUACGAAAUCAAGGUCCCCCAAAACUGAGGAGGAAGAAGAGGCUAUGUAUCGGAUAUUAGAUUCUGUGGAGGAUGAUCCAAUGGCUGCAAGUAUUGGCACAAUGUUGCCCAUUUCCUCAGCUAAAGAAACGGAACAAGCUGUGAAUGACUUGGCUGACAAUGCCACAGAAGUUGAGCACAAUCUAUCUUCUGAUGCAAGGAGGAAGACUAUCACGCCUUCAUCAAAGACACACAAGUCUGUUCUUGUCCACCUGGAUGAAGUGAGCGAUGAGGAGGAAGAUUACCCUGAUGAUACAGCUGAGAAAAGAGAGCUAAAAAGAAGGCGAGGAACUACUACGGAACAAGAGAAGGAGAGGAGGACCAGGGGAAGGGAAACUAGGGGGCGAAGCGGGAAUAGAGGACUAGAGGAGGCGAAAGGCAAUCCUCCGUCCCAAGGAUCUGAUAAAAGAAGUAGUUCUACAGCGAAAACAGAUGACAAACCUGCAACAUCGAAGUCGCAAAAAUCAAAGAAAGAUGAAACUUCAAAAAACAUACUUGUGAACCUGGACGAAGUGAGCGAGGAGGAGGAAAACUACCCCGAGGAUCCAGCUCAAACAAAAAAAACGAGAAGACAAAAAACUGCUAAAGAGCCUGAAAAUGAGCCAGAGGAGCGGGACCGUAGGGAGCGAAGGAGUCGAAGCAACAGCAGCAGAAGAAGUGAAGGCAGUGGGAGAACUUCGAGCAAGACAAAGGAGACGUUUCAGGACAAAGAGGAGAAGGUGGACGCAGAGCCUCAGGAGCUGGUGACCCUGGAUGAGGUGGGAGACGACGAGCCUGGAGAGGAAGCGGUGACGGAUGCUGUAAAAUCGGACAUGGAGCCCACGGAAGAAGAGCUGCAAGAUCUUCUCACUCUGGAUGAGAUUGUUGAAGAGGAGAACGAAAAGGAACAGCAAACGAUUGAUGCUCUUCCACUCAACCAGGAGAACCAAUCAAUGGACUCCUCAAAACCAGAGACUUCAUCAACUUUAGAUGAAGCAGACAAAGAGACAAAAAACACCUCAAGCUCCGGCAAACGCAAACAUGACAACACAGAGAAGAGUGAGGACUUUGUUACCGUCGAUGAGGUGGUGGUGACCGAAGAGGCAACAACAACACGAAGCCGACCCAAUAAGAGAAGCAGACAGACUCCUGUGAGAAAAUCUACAAGAGGUAAAAUAGGGAGUAAAGAACCUGUGGAGGAGGAGGGAGAAGAAGAAACUAAAGAAGUGCCUCCUGCUUCAGCUGAUUCCUCCUCGACUCUGGACAAAGAUGCAUCUGCUCCAUCAGCCGACGUCCAGAUGGAUAUUCAGAACAUAGAGGCGGAAACAGCGAGUAAAUCUGACAUCUGUAGGGUUUCUCCUGAACUGGAGCUGCAGUCUGAGUCUCCUGAUGAAAAGAAACCUAAAGAAUGUGAGGAGGAGGAGGAAAACAGAAAUGCUGAGGUUAAAGCUGUGAAACGGAAGCAGGAGCUGUUUGCUUCUGAAGCAAAGAGAUCUCGUUCUCAGUCUCCUUCUGUUCCUGCGGACUUUAAACUUCCUCCAUUUGACCCCCAAAAACCUCUGGGUCAGGAGUUUGUGGUUCCUAAAUCUGGAUUUUUCUGUAAUUUGUGCUCAAUUUUCUACUUGAACAAGAACGUCGCUAAAGGGUUGCACUGCAGCAGCCAAAAGCACUACGACAACCUGCAGAAACAUUACCAGAAGCUCCAGAAGAAAAAUUCCAGUUCCCAUGGCACUGUCUCUGAUUAAUUUCAACUACAUAUUUUAAUUAAUUUUUUUUAUAAGUAGUUAACAUAUUUCUUUAAAAGAUUUGUAUAGAGAACUGUGUUUAAUACCUGUAUUUGCAGUGGUGGGCAGCACUAAUCUAAAAAUUAGUUCCACUAGCCCUAAAGCACUAAAUCAAAUAUUUAGGUCCCCUAAUUCUGAUGCACUAAAAUAACCCAGUCAACUCAUGAACAUUCUUUAACAGACGACGUGAGUCACAUGUUGCUCUCUUAAUUCUUAUUGACAUUCCACAGCUGUAUUUAGGUUCAUAUAUUGUCACCUGGUGGA